CAAACAAAAUGGUUUACAAGUCGUCGUCGGGACUGCCCGCCUUGGAUGUUUUCUCGAUCCGGAAGGGCCGCAAAGAAGAAGCCUCCAAGACGAUCGCAAUACGCGCGGCAAGUUCCGAAGUUUCGAGGCCCUUCACUCCUUUCGAAACCUCCCCACGGCCGUCUGUCUUGCUUAACAAAGAGGGAGGAAAGAGGGGGCGGGCCUGACGGGAUUAAUAGCAACCUCUAGAUCUUAAUUAUCUCUUUGGCAGUAUCGGACAGCCAUACUCGUUCGUAUCGCUUGAACCUGUAGAUAUUACGGGCAUGAGGAGGAUGAGGAGGAGGAGGAGGAGGAGGAGGAGGAGGAGAGGUCGUAGGCAUCGUCUUCGUCUUUCGUUUCGCGAGCUCCGUGUGUUUUCGACUAGUUAUCCAUCAGUUGCGGGCUUUUUGCCAAACUACGCAACUCUGUUCACAACGCGGAGUGGUAACCCUAGACACGUCCAUUCUUUAACCUUCUCUUUCAACCUCCCUGUAUCCCCCCCUCCCGUGUUAUCCUAUAUUGCCAUGUAUGUAUCGUCUCGGCUCGGAUCGCUUCGCGGUCUUGCUCCGUUCUCUCCCUGUCUGAACGUCGUUCUUUCGUCCGUUGUCCUGGGCUCUGUCGUCUUGUCUGCAGCCGGCGUCGUCCGAAACCCCGUCUGGAGUUGCCAUCGUGUGUCCGUCCCUCUUUACAGGUAUGAUCGACGUAAGAGUUGCAAAGUUCCCGAGUGCGUUGUCGAAGCUACUGCCGUUGUUCAGAGCCUUUUUCGAAACGGGCAGAUGGCGAUCUACCAGUUGGGUUCUUCCCUCGAAACUCGCAACAUGACGUGUCGGGCUCGCUCUGGACGGUCUCAAAAUCACAGUAGAAGUGCCAGGCGAAAAGAAAACGGGAGAUGGACUCUCUGGACCAUAUGUAUACUUUAAACUCUCUCGAUUUAGACUCUUGCCACUAGCAACGGCCACCAUAAAGACAAAGACUAUGGUUCUUCAAUUGCAUUGCCGUCCCCCACUGCCCAACAUGUUGACAUGUCUGGCGCCUCUCACCCUCCUUCAGCCACUCGGGGUUUAGCACGAACGAUCAACCAGCUUUAGGCAUUGCUC